AAAAUUCCGAACGAAACCAUGUGGGAUUUUGACUUUUGCUAAACGUGCGAUUCAAACGUGAAAUGUAAAAAAAAAGAAUUCGCAUUAAUUGAUAUUAAAUUCCUGCCAUGGAUUACGUGGUUGGAAGUGUUGCAGCAUUAAUAUCAGGAAACGUGACGCCGAGUCGUCCUAAAAUAAUAAAAAGGGCUCUUACACCAACGAAACAUCCACAGUCUCCUAACGUUACUCCGAAGAGUGAAUUUAUUGACGAUAGAUCUAUUUUCCUAUCACCAUCGGUCCAGAAAAAGAAAGCCAUUGUUAAGAAAUCACCGAAAAGGAUUUUUCAAAACCCAGACAUUGAUACUACAUUGAACGAAGGUAACAAUAGUUUGACGAGUCCAGUUGUCGACAAAGUUAAAAAACAUUUGAACGAACAAUUAGAUACAGAAAACACGCAGACGGUAAACAUGGCAAAGGCUAAGUCACCGAAAAAUAAACAAAUAAACAAAUCAAAAGAAUCAAUGACACCUGUGAAAGAAUCUGUAGAAAUAGUUGAUGUGCAAAAAAGCAAUGAAAAUACGCCUAAAAAGAAAAAGCGUAAGUCUACUCCCAGUGAACCCGCAUUUGACACAAAACAAAAUACAGAAAAUGUAACUGAAACGAUAAAUCAAGAAGUGGCAGAUAAAAAGUCUCCAAUGAAAAGGAAGCGAUCUAAAUCAACAAAUGAGCUAACUAACGAGGAGAAAGAGAAUCUUAAAUCAACUGAAAACAACGACACUGUUAAUGAAGUUGAGAAGAAAUCAGACAACACCACAAGUAAUAAAAAGAAGAAGAGGAAAAACAAAAAGAAGAAACCCAAUACUAAUCAAGAAGAAAUACAGAUCAAUAAAUCAGAAGAAACUAAACCGGACACAGAAAACAAUGACACAAGUACAAAGAAAUUAAAAUCAAAGAAGAAAUCCAAGAAAACCAAGCAAGUAGAGGCAAAUCAAGAAGAGGAGAUGAUUGUAAAUCCAAAUGCAAUCACAAGUCAGGAAACUGACUCGGAACAUGAAUCGGAUGAUGAUAUACAGUCUGAAGAUGAAAAUAAGGAAGCUCUUGAAGCUGCUCAAGAAGAAAGCUCUGAUGAAGAGGAAGAAGAAACAUCAAAUAAAAAAGAAAAACAAAAAGCAAAAACGGACGAACCUAAAGAACAACACAUAGCGACGGAGGAUGAAAUCAAGCGAACAUUGUUUGUUGGUAAUGUGCCGUUUAGCAAGAAAUGUAAGAAGGAAGUGAAGAAGCUGUUCAGUCAAUAUGGUGACAUUGAAACUGUUAGAAUUCGUACAGUUCCAGUGAAAGACGCGACCGUUACGCCGAAAUUGGCUGUAAUAAAAAAUGAAUUACAUCCAGAAAGGACAACGGUUAAUGUGUAUAUCAAGUACAAACAUGCAGAUUCUGUUGAUCAGGCGUUAUCAGCGAACAACACAGUCAUGAACGAGCACCACCUACGAGUGACGAGAAGCGACACUAGCGGCUCAGCACACGAUCCCAAGUGUUCAGUGUUUGUUGGCAACAUCCCCUUUGGACUGGAGGACGAAGCGCUAAGGGCGAAGUUCCAGGGCUGCGGCGAGAUUGAGUCGGUCAGGAUCGUGAGGGAUAGGAAGACUAAUGCGGGGAAAGGUUUCGGUUAUGUAAACUUUGCGUCAAAAGAUGGCGUGGAACUCGCUCUAGCACUCACAGAGGAAGAUUUGACUAUAAAAAACAGGAUAAUGCGAGUCAAACGAUGCACGCAAAACGCAAAUAGUGGCAAGAAGGGCUUCAAUACGCGUGGAAAUGUACAAAAUGCACGAGGAAAUGGACACAAUGCACGAGGAAAUGGACACAAUGCACGAGGAAAUGGACCUAAUAUGCGCGGAAAUGGACCGAAUAUGCGUGGGAAUGGACGGAAUAUGCGCGGAAAUGGACGCGGUGGACAUGGUUCUUUUGGACGUGGUAAUGCACAUAGUGUGCGCGGAAAUGGACCAAAUGGGCCGGGAAAUGGACGUGGAAAUUGGUCCAAUUCGCGCGGAAAUGACGAAAAUAUGUCGAAUCCGCGUAAGUUUGAUAAUAAUGUUAACGGUGGAGAAGAAACUGGUGCGUUCAGACGUAUUAUGAAUAAAAGGAAAUUCCAGGAGGGAGGUGAAGGCCCUCCCAAUAGAGAGAAGAAACCUAGAAAGGAAUUUGUCGGCCUAACUGGAGAAAAGAAAAAGAAGCAAAAGUUUAACAAAGGACAGAAGAAGAAGAAAGCUUUAAGUGAAAUUUUAACGAAAUAGUGAUUGUCGUUCACAUU